UCUCUCUCCACCUUCUCUCUUCCCAAAACUCCCUUUUUUCUGCACAACAAUAACCUUUUCUUGCCCCCCUCUUUUUCUUUCCUCUGCCCAAGCUACUUGUAGGUCGCAGUCGCCACCAUUAUCAAGUCCAUAUUGCUCUUUGUUUUAUUUUGUCUGUCGUUCCCCUCUAUAAAUAUCAAGGUUACAGAGGGUGUAACAGGCAAGCUCUACUUUUAGUAAUUUCCUUCUUUGGCUCUUGAAUUUACUCAAACAGACAGCCAUUCUCUGCUUUUAUUUCAUACAUACAUCUUCCAAACCGAAAGCAGACGCUUCUUAUGCCCAUUACCUUCUCCCACAGUUAGAGGGUAAUUAAGAGGGAAGUCUAAAGAUUACAUUUAUACAGGAAUCCAUUUCUCUAAGCUACAGAAGUUAGAAAAUGGCAGAUGACGACCCUGAUUUCACUUCCCACAAAUCCCCGUCUGCUUCACAGGUAGUGGAAGAACUGAAAGAGCUAUGGCUUAUGGCCAUGCCAGUCACGGGCACCAACUUCAUGGCCUUCUUUAGAGCCGUGGUAUCGGUCGUGUUCUUGGGACGGCUCGGCAGCCUAGAGCUCGCCGGAGGAGCACUCUCUAUCGGUUUCACCAACAUAACUGGUUACUCUGUUCUUGUCGGUCUCGCCUCAGGGCUCGAACCGGUAUGCAGCCAAGCCUACGGAAGCAAAAACUGGGACCUACUCUCCCUCUCCCUCCAGCGCAUGGUCUUCAUACUCUUACUCGCCAUCAUACCCAUCAGCCUCUCGUGGGUCAAUCUGGAAACCAUCAUGAUUUUUCUGGGACAGGAUAAGGAAAUCACUGCAAUGGCCGCAACCUACUGUAUCUACUCCCUCCCGGACCUCUUAACGAACACGUUGCUGCAACCGCUAAGGGUUUUCUUAAGGUCGCAGCAGGUGACCCGGCCCAUGAUGUACUGCUCCCUAUUGGCGGUGACCUUUCAUGUCCCGCUGAAUAUAUUCAUGGUAAUGGUGAUGGGUCUGGGAGUCCCCGGCGUGGCUAUGGCUUCGGUGCUGACGAACCUGAACAUGGUUGUGCUGAUGGCGGGGUACGUGUGGUGGACGGGAAGGAAGUCCGGAACGGAGUUGAGAUGGACAGCCGGGACAUCGAUCGAUUUCAAAGGCAUGUUGUGUGGGGUGGGACCUCUGUUGAAACUAGCGGUGCCGAGCGGUCUGGGAAUAUGCUUGGAGUGGUGGUGGUAUGAGAUAGUGACGGUGAUGGCUGGGUACUUGCCGAAUCCAAGACUGGCAGUGGCCGCCACUGGGAUUCUCAUUCAGACCACUAGUAUGAUGUACACUGUCCCCAUGGCCCUCGCUGGAUGCGCCUCUGCCCGAGUAGGGAAUGAUCUUGGGUCUGGGAAGCCAUACAAGGCCAAGUUAGCAGCCAUGGUUGCAUUGGGAUGUGCCUUUGUGAUCGGCAUCAUCAACGUGACAUGGACGGUGAUCCUCAGACAACGAUGGGCGGGCCUCUUCACAAAAGACGAGUUAGUCCAAGCCUUGGUUGCAUCUGUCAUGCCUAUCAUGGGGCUGUGUGAGCUUGGAAACUGCCCACAAACCACAGGCUGUGGCAUACUGCGCGGCACGGCACGCCCAGCCGUUGGUGCACGUAUCAAUUUGUGGUCAUUUUACUUCGUGGGGACGCCUGUGGCGGUGGGCCUAGCCUUCUGGCUGAAGGUUGGGUUCAGUGGGCUGUGGUUCGGACUCCUCUCUGCUCAGGUGGCUUGUGUUGUCUCAAUCCUCUAUGUUGUGCUAUUCCGUACGGAUUGGGAGGCUGAGGCUUUCAAGGCCAGGGAUCUCACUGGGUUGGAGAUGAAUGCAUGCAAUGGAGUAACUGAUGAAGAAUGUGAGAAAGAUGAGGAAAGUAAAAGGCUGUUGGUAAAUGGAAAAAACAGAGAUGAUGUUUGCUAGACAGAGCAUUAGAGAAUCUAUGGGAUUAAUCUUUGGGAUUUGGGAUAGUUUUUUUGUUUGCUAGUCACUUUAUGGGUGCUCUGACUGAUACUUGGGAUUUUGUGUUUGGGGUGGUGGGUUUGCUUUUUAAUCUGUCAAAUGGGGUUGUCGUGGAACUGUUUUUUCCCCCUUAAUGGUGAGGGUCACUCCCCAUGGAAAAGUGUGCAUAUUUUGAGAAAGAAUGGCCUACAUACAUAUUGAUUAUU